UUGAAGAACAAUUAAAUAUUUGUAUAAUUAUGAGCCGAAUCGUACUAACCACUAUCCUCCUUCUCGUGGGAGUCGCCAUGGGGGCAGUUAUUGAGCUAGAAUCAUCCCCAGAGCUUGAAUCAGUCGCUGAUAGAGCUAUCGGCCAGUUGACCCCAGAAGUUGAAGAAACUUUGAGAAAAUACCGAGCCAUCAUUUUCAUUGGGCAGCUUGGGACUAAGAGAUUUUACUUCGACAGUGUUGUAUUGUCCCAAACCAAUGCCCGAACUAGUUGUACCAAUAUGGGAAUGACUUUGGCCGAAUUUGCCAAUCAGGCCGAAAUCGACUUUGUCGCUCAACGCACCCCAGCCGAUCGUUGCUGGACAGGGGCGUCGGUUGUCAACUCGGCGACAUCUUACAGAUGGUUGGGAAACGGCGAGUAUCUCGCGGACGGAAUAUCUUUUGAAAGUGGGACGUUAACAGGACUCGUUAUAAAUGAGUACAGCUCCUCCUACGGGAGACUCCAUCCUUACUCGAGCUCUGACACUAAAUGUUAUUUCUGUCAUCAGCGUGCCAUAUAAUUGACAUAAGUACCUAUAUCUGAACCGUGUCAUUUUAAUUAUCAAUUUUUGUUCAGAAUUAAAUAAAAUAGUUAC